AUGGCUGCAAAAAAGUCCAAAUUAUUGACUAAAAAACAACGUAAAGCUAAAGAACAAAAAGAAAAAGAGAAAGAUGAAGAAAAAAAGAAUACAAAAGGUGGAUCAUCUGAAAUUAUUUGCCCUGAAAAUUUUAAAAUCACCAGUGCAUUAGAUAGUAUACGCCUUCAGGAAACAUUAAAAAAUGCUUAUGUUACAAUGCAACAACAAUUAAAUACAACUGAAUUUGUCUCUAAAAUAGAAUCAUUACAUUCAAAAAGACGUAAACUAGAAGAGGAUAAUUUGAAUGGUGAUAGUUUUCAAAGUAUAUCAAAAAAUUAUUUAAAAAGAGACAUUUUAAAUUGGAACAAAAAAGUUCUCAUAGAUUCAGGAAUUAUAAAUUUUUCUGAAAAAAUUAAUGGUACACUUAAUAAUUAUAAUUAUAUAAGACAUUGUGAAGCAAAAGGGCAUGAACAAGUUGUUAUAAGGAAUAUUGUUAGUCCAUCAUGUUUUUUUGUUAGACGUAAAGAUUCAUCAUAUAAAAAUCUUGAAAUUCGUCUACCAUGUACAAUUCAACAAUUUAAAUGGAAUGAUAAAAUUGUUACAAAUCGUAGAGAUGGACAAAAUGAUAAAGAAUUAUUAUCAAUAAGACAAUGUAUUGGUUGUUAUGUUCUUGCACCAUAUACAAAAGAUUUAUAUGUUCGUGCUCGUAUUAUUGGUGUUUCUGAAUCUUCAACAUAUGUAAAAGUUAUAUAUAUUGAUCAUGGAUCAAUUUCCUGGGUACAUAAGAAAACUCUAGCAGUAUUGGAUGAUGAAAGAUUUAAUUAUCGUUGGGAAACAAGACCAGUAGGAUUAAAAAAUGUUUACCCUAAACCUUCUGCUGAUGGAACAGAAAUUGAAUGUUGGACAAUUGAUCAUAUAAAUGCUUUUAAAACAAUCGUAAAUCAAUAUGAAAAAUUUGAAUUUAGAACAGUUUUUCAUGAAAAAAGAAUUUAUGCAAAUAAUUUUCAAAUGGUUGAAAUUUAUCCAGUAAAAGAUUUUUUAACAUCAACACCAUGUAAUUAUUUUCCUGAAGAAAUUGAAGAUAGUGAUGAUGAAGAUUGUAUUAAUUCAAUAAUUCAUUUGGAUGAUUGUCUUAAAAGUAAAGCAUUAGAACAAAAUGGAAAAAAACCUAUGAGUAUAAAUGCAGAAUUGGUUAAAAAAUAUCCAAAAUUAUUUUAUAGAAAAAGAUAUAUUGGUAAAAGAGCAAUUGAACCACUUUAUGAUGUUGUACCAGAAGGAGAAAAUAAAUUUAUUCAAAAAUAUACAUUACCAUGGUUUAGAUAUUUUCCACCACCAAAUAAAAGUUCUACACCAACAUUUUGGACUAGAUUUUCUAAAUACAAAUUAAGUGAAAAAGAUAUUGAACCAAGUUAUGAAAUGAAUUAUAAAGUUGAUCAUUGGAAUUAUGAAAAAUUAAAAAAUCAUGGAUAUAUUUUUAAUAAUAAAUAUAUUGUUGUUGAUUUAUUAAAACCAUAUUUUCCAUUUAAUGCACAAAAAUUAACAGGUAUUCCAUUAAACAAAGAUGAAGUGGUUCAAUUAAAACGUCAAUUAAUGGAAGAAAAUGGAAAUUCAAGACAAAUUUAUGAUAAUCAUAUUGAAAAUAAAUUAGAAUACCAUCAUGAAAAUAUUGUAUCAUUAUCAAGGAAGUACUUAAAAACAGACAAUGUUCCACAUCUUACUAUUCAAGAUAUUAUUUCAUCAUGGCAAGAAGGCCAACCAUGUUAUUGUACGAUUAAUGUUUCAUUUACACUUGAUAGUGGAAUGUGGUAUAGAUUUGAAGUAAUUGGUUUUAAACCUGUAUUUAAUAAAUAUCAAAAUACUUUUUUAGUUAAAGCACGUUAUCUUGAUACAAAUGGAUAUGAAGUAUUUGAUAUUUCUAAUCUUUAUCAACUUCCAGAAACAUCUGAUAGUGAUUUACCACUGGUUCUUAAUUUUGAUUAUGACAAAAUUAGAAUAAAAAAUGAAAAAAUAUGUUCAGAAGAUGAAAUAUUUACUUCAUAUAUCAAAACACUUCUUGCAAUAACACCAUAUAAUAUACCAAUUGUUGUAGAAAUUGAUACAGAAAAUACAUUUUCAAAUUUUCCUAAUACAAAUAAAUGGUCACCUAAUUUUCAUACAAUUACUGAUGUACUUAAAACUGACAUAAAAAUUAAAAAUCUCUAUACAUUUAAAUUUAACAAAGUUGGUGAAUUUUAUAGUUCUCAAACUGAAUUUGAACUAUUAGAACAUCAUAAUAAAUUUAAGGAAUUAUUUAAAAAUGUUACUUGUCAAAGUAGUGAUAACGAGGAAAUUUAUUAUAAUAUGGAUAAUAUUAAUGAUUAUGAUCAAACAUUCAUAAUGUAG